GAGCGGCUCCAUCCCGUCCGGAACGUUCCUGUUGCUUGGUGAUGCUCUGUGAUUUUUUAUCCUGCAGCUUGGACUCGAUGCUGUGUGAAUUUUCCCGUUGGGAAGACGCCGGCGAGGCUCCCACGGUGUGUCUGGCUCCCUGGCAGAGCCGUGGGAUGGAGUGUGCUGCUGCAGCAUGGAAAGUGAUGUGAUUCCAGCCCUGCUCUCCCAGAUGGACGUGGGAACCGGAGCGAGGGCUGGCAGCAUCUUCUCUUCUGGUGGAUCUGGCCCUGCUGUCGGAGACCUGCUGGUCGAGGCUAGAGGGAAGGUGGAUGCUUGAGAGAGGAGGAUAAGGCACAAGAGUCUGGGACUGGUGGAAUGGAGGCCUGAUGUAGAUGGAAAGAUGGAUGAAGAAGAAGCUCUGAACUCGAUUAUGAAGGAUUUGGCAGCAUUGGGCAAGUGUGGGGGUCUGCUGGACAACAACAGGAAUAAAACCAGUGUCCACUCCAACAAACAGCAACGAAGUGUCAGGAUCAAGUUUGAAUAUGAAGGAGAGAAGAGGAUUAUCCAGUUUCCAAGACCAGUCAAAUUCAAGGAAGUGGUGCAGAAGGUCACGGAUGCUUUUGGACAGACGAUGGACUUGGUCUCUGUGAACAACGAGCUCCUGAUCCCACUGAAAUCCCAGGAAGAUUUGGACAAAGCCAUGGAACAGUUGGAGCUGAGCCCUUCCCUGAAGAGCCUGCGGAUCCUUGUGAGCGCUCCAAAGAAAGCGAAUCAGCUCCUGCAGCCGAACAACAGCAAGCAGCAUGAGAUGAGGAUCUCCAGGUCCAUGGGUGAUAUCAUGGGGUCCCUGUACAAAGACUCGGAGAGGACGCGCAAAUACUCGACAGGCUCUCUGCACACUGGCAGGAGCUCCCCGCCGCCGGGCAGCGUUCCCGAGGAGCAGCAGCAGAUCGCCCGCCAGGGAUCCUACACCAGCAUCAACAGCGAGGGAGAGUUCAUCCCUGAGACCAUGGACCAGAAUAUGCUUGAAGCUUUCAUCAGCCCUGAUGACUCGCUGUCUGGGAGCUGCCAGUCUCUGGACAGGUCUGUGGACAGCCCUCCCUUUCCCCAAACCCCUGUUCCUGGAAGGAAGAGCCAUCCCAAAGAUAGUCUUGAUUGCCUGGAUUUUGACAUCCCAUUCUGUGAGAGGUUUGGGAAAGGUGGGACCUUCCCGAGGCAGUAUCACCUCUCCCAAAGUCGCAAGGACUACAGUGACGGCCGGAGGACUUUCCCCAGGAGUUACUUCCCACAGGAGAACCUGUUUCAGCUCGUCCCUUCCAGCAGAACCAAGAGCUUUACUGGGGACAGCAAGCUCAGCACCUUGCAGUAUGAUGAGUACAGGCCCAAGUGUUGGAACAAUUGUGAAAAGGGUCUGCAGGCAUUCAGCACCUCCCCUACAAAAGCCAGGAACUCCCUGCAGGCACCUGUGAACUGGAGGCUGGGGAAGCUGCUGGGAAGAGGAGCUUUUGGGGAAGUUUAUCUGUGCUAUGAUGCUGACACUGGGCGGGAGCUGUCAGUGAAGCAGGUGCCUUUCGACCCUGACAGCCAGGAGACAAGUAAAGAGGUGAAUGCUUUAGAAUGUGAGAUUCAGCUGUUGAAGACUCUCCGUCACGAAAGGAUCGUGCAGUACUACGGGUGCCUGAGGGAUCCUGAGGAGAAGAAACUGUCCAUCUUUGUGGAAUACAUGCCAGGGGGCUCAAUAAAAGACCAGCUAAAAGCUUACGGUGCUCUGACUGAGAAUGUCACACGGAAGUACACCAGGCAGAUCCUGCAGGGAGUCUUCUACCUACACAGCAAUAUGAUUGUCCACAGGGAUAUUAAAGGUGCCAAUAUUCUGAGAGAUUCUGCUGGAAAUGUGAAACUUGGAGAUUUUGGGGCCAGCAAACGCAUCCAGACCAUCUGCAUGUCUGGGACUGGGAUUAAAUCUGUCACAGGAACACCAUACUGGAUGAGCCCAGAGGUUAUCAGUGGAGAGGGCUAUGGAAGGAAAGCUGAUGUGUGGAGCGUGGCCUGCACCGUGGUGGAGAUGUUAACGGAGAAGCCGCCCUGGGCAGAGUUCGAGGCCAUGGCGGCGAUUUUUAAAAUCGCCACGCAGCCGACCAACCCCCAUCUCCCCGACGGCGUCUCCAGCUCCUGCCGCAACUUCCUCAAGCAGAUCUUCGUGGAGGAGAAGCGGAGGCCGACGGCCGAGGAGCUGCUGCGCCACCCUUUUGUCAACUGCGGGCUCUGAGGCCUGGCAGCGGGCAUGGGAAGCGCCGGCGGGAGGGCUCGGACCUGACAGUCCCGUCUGGCCUCGGACCUCGCCCGGGGUGGCCUGACAGUCCCGUCUGGCCUCGGACCU